UCCUGUUUUGAUUCUGGCAACGCUGACUCCCGAAAAUGGAUAGUUAGCUUCGACAUUAUUUUUAAUUGAGUGUUUUUUCUAACAUAUCCUCACGGUAAAUCAACAUCAGUUGUAACUGCUUGUCUCGUGAAUCUAUACGUGACGCAUGGAUAGUCGUUGUUAUUGCUGCGCAUCAAAGUUCAGUCUUUUCAAGAAGGAGCUGGGCUGUAGGAACUGCGGCCGCUCCUUCUGCUCCAGCUGUUUGACUUUCAGUGCUGUGGUGCCUCGCUGUGGCAACACCCAGCAGAAGGUCUGUAAACAGUGCCACGGCAAUCUGACGAGUGGCGAAUCUUCAAAGGAUGCAGGAAGAUGGUCCCCUCCGGAAAAUUAUAAGAAACGGAUUGCUGCACUUGAGGCCAAACAACAGGGACAGUUGACACAACAUGGAGGAAGCAGAAACAGCAAAGUGGGCCACCUACCAGUCAAAGGCCUGAGUAAAGAAGACCAAGCUAUUGCUGAGAGACUUCAAAAGUUAAAAGAGGACACUAAACCAAAAUCUGUCCCAUCGGAGAAAGAGCUUGAGUCUCGCCUUUCUGCUCUCAAGGCUCCCAUCCACCCAGUGCCUUCUACAGUGGAGAUGGAGGACCGUCUGGCAGCUCUUCGGGGUCAACCGGCACCAUCUCAAGCUCCUCCACCUGUGCACCGGCCUCCUGAUAACCAAACUCAGACUGAAAAAGCCAAUGAUUUGAUAACUCAGAUGACAGAGGAAGUGGCUAUUGACAACCAGCAAUCAAAUCCUGAAUGCAGUGUAGAUGGUCUUAUGAAUGAUCUUAACAAGGGACAUGGAACAACAAUGGAUGAGAACAUGGAAGAUAACCAAGAGACAGCUAGGCAGCUGGAGGCUGAGAAAGACCAUUUGCUUGAAGAGGCCAUGCAGGAGCUGAGGAAAGAGCACCAUACCCAGGAUCAGGUUCUUCACAUGGCCAAGAGACUGGCACAACUAAAGGGGCAAGACCCAGACAAAGUCACUAUGGAGGACUUCCAGCAACCUGACAGUGAAGAGGAGACCGAGGAAGAAGCUGUUAGGAGGGUGUUAAAACAGCUUUCAGAAGAAGCUGCGCUUGAUGAGGCCAGUGGCUACAACAUACCUUUAGAAGAGAGCGGUCCACGAAACACAGAAAAGAAAAAAGUCUCCAAGAAACCGACUCCAUCUAAGAGCAAGAUUAUACCAGCUGCUGUUGCACACCAGCCAUCAGACAGUGAUGAGGAAGAGCUUCCAUGGUGCUGCAUCUGUAGCCAAGACGCCAGCCUUCGCUGUCACACUUGUGAUGGAGACCUGUACUGCAACCGCUGCUUCCGGGAGGGCCAUGAUAAAUAUGACAGGAUGGAGCAUCGAACCACAAACUACACUGCGCCAAAGAAGAAAAAUAAGAUGAAGAAAUGAAAAUGAAGCUGUGCUGCAGGUGUUUGCCGUAUCAGGCUUGGAUCCUUCAUGAGUGAAAGAUGUGCUCAUUAGCCUCAAGUGACUUGUUAUUGUUUCUAAAAUAGAGUCUUUGAAAGUGUAAACUUAUAAUCUACCACUAGUAAGAGCCCAUUGUAACCCAUUAACUUAUUUUUGCCAGUCAUUUAUAGGAAACUCCCCCCCUGCUUUCUGUUCCUCCUAAGGCUGUUAUAAAUAUGGAUUAAUAAACAUCUUAUUUGCAGAGCAGUCUUAGCAAAGAAAUAGCCUUUACAUAAUUACUGUACAAUACAGUAGCUACAGUAUCCAGAACAUUACUUAUAUUUGUUAAAUGUAAACAUUAAAAGGAGAAUUUGUAGAAGUUGUUAGAGAGUGUUGGUCUUUUAGCAAUAAAACACAGCUGCUACACAGAACCGUUCAGAACUAAAUAAAAAGCAUGAUUUCUUUUUUA